AUGCAUGCCAUGCUGACCAUCGCGGCGCUAGAGGCGGGCAAGCAUGUGCUCUGCGAGGCCCGCAUGGCCAUGAAUGCGGCAGAGGCACAUGCGAUGCUGGCUGCGUCGCAGCGCCAGCCUGGCCUGGUGGCUCAGCUCGUGCCCUCCCCCAUCACCCUGGGCUUCGAUGCCGCAAUACAAGACAUCCUGCGCUCCGGCAAGCUGGGCCAGCUCACCUACAUCUCUGUGCGCGGCGUGGGGCGGCAGUUCCCCGACCCACUCGGCGCGCCACUGCACUGGCGCCAGGAUGCCGAGCUGUCGGGCCUCAACAUUCUGAGCAUGGGGAUCGUCUAUGAAGCCCUGGCCAGGUGGGUGGGCGAUGCGCGGCGCGUGAUGGCCAUGGCCAGGACGGUGGUGGGCCUGCGCCUGCACCCCGACACGGCGGCGCUGACGGGGGUGCGGGUGCCAGACCAUGUGGACCUGCUGGCAGACAUGGCCUGCGGCGCGCAAGCCCACAUGGUGUUCUCUGCCGUGGCAGGCGCUGCGCGGGAGCCCAGCACAGAGUUCUGGCUGCAUGGGACGGAGGGGACACUUCACCUGGAUGUAGAUGCAGGGCAGUUGAGCUUGGCACUCAAGUCAGAGGGCGGGUGCAUGCAGGCGGUAGAUGUGCCGCACGAGCACCGGGGCUUCUGGCGGGUGGAGCAGGAGUGGGUGAAUGCGAUGCGGGGGCGGGAGGCCGUGAAGCUCACAGACUUUGCCACCGGCGUGCGUUACAUGGAGUUCACCGAGGCUGUGGCCCGCAGCGCGCAGAGCGGCCAGGCGGUCAGCCUGCCGCUGCUGCCCUCCCGCUGA